GCACGCGCACUGACCUCGGCGAGCCCUAGCAACCAGAGCAGUGACAGUAGCAACCGCCGGAAUGGCAAAAGCAACAACAAUCAAAGAAGCCCUAGCCAGAUGGGAAGAGAAAACCAGUCAGAAGCCAUCUGAAGCCAAAGAGAUAAAGCUUUAUGCCCAGAUUCCCCCUAUAGAGAAGAUGGAUGCAUCCUUGUCCAUGCUGGCUAAUUGCGAGAAGCUUUCACUAUCUACAAACUGCAUUGAAAAGAUUGCCAACCUGAAUGGCUUAAAAAACUUGAGGAUAUUGUCUUUAGGAAGAAACAACAUAAAGAACUUAAAUGGACUGGAAGCAGUAGGGGACACAUUAGAAGAACUGUGGAUCUCCUACAAUUUUAUUGAGAAGUUGAAAGGGAUCCAUGUAAUGAAGAAAUUGAAGAUUCUCUACAUGUCCAAUAACCUGGUGAAAGACUGGGCUGAAUUUGUGAAGCUGGCAGAACUGCCAUGCCUGGAAGACCUGGUGUUUGUAGGCAAUCCCUUGGAAGAAAAACAUUCUGCGGAGGGGAACUGGAUUGAAGAGGCAACCAAGAGAGUGCCCAAACUGAAAAAGUUGGAUGGUACCCCAGUAAUUAAAGAGGAUGAAGAGGAAGAAAACUAACACCACAUUUUCUGCUUUGUGUUAACUUAUUUAAAUGUUGUAUAAUUGUCUAUUUUAAAGAUUCUCUGUGAGGCAAACAUUCUUAAGAUAAAACAAAUCUCUGAUUCCUAUUUUUUCUUAACCUAUUUAGCAUUUCUCCCCCCAAAUGGUAACACUAACUUUAUACCUUGAGGUUCUCUUUUUUAAAACUACAAAUUUUUAGUCUUUUUUUGUUCAGUCUCCAUCUGCUGAAAUCUUUGUAGAGCGGCUAAUCAUUUUUAACAACAAAGAAACAAAUAUGGUUCUUCGUUUAAUUUUUUUAGGUCAGGAAUUUAAAUACAUAUACUUAACUUUUGAAUCUGUAGACCGUCUUUCCUGGAGGUCCGUCUCCUUAUGACUCAGAAGCACAAAUGUGUCCUGCCUUCGGUUCAGAAGGCAGCACGGUGACAGGAAAAGUUCCUCUCAGAAACUCAGCAGCAGCCACAGAAGCAAGACUCCAAGUCAUAGUGAAAAAACUGUGGUGAAAAGAAGAAAAAUUAGUAUCUUGGAGGCCUUAUAGCCCAUGUUAUGUUUACUUACUUGUUUUUCAAAAAAUGUGUACAUUGUCAACUGGAAUUUAGGUUGUGUGUACAUGUGUGGCCACUGGAGGCACUGUGCGUGCGUAGGAGCCAGUCAUUCUGUAAUGCAGGGCAGUGGUUAAAGUGACUGUCAUGAUUACUCUUUUGACCAACACUGUGGCUGUGUUACUCAUGUGGACCUGAUCUUAGGCACACUUUUGGGUUUAUAGUUCUUUGUAUGUUAUAUAAGGAAAUAUAUAUAAGCAGUAGUUAUAUUUGAAUUCCUAGUCUAAGUCUUGGCCAUUCAUAUAUAUCAAAAUUUACCCUAAUAACUUUGGUUUGUUGACCAUUAUAUUGAGAGAAGUGACUGUUAGAAGAGUAUAGAACUUAAAGACUGGAUAUGAUAUCCUUCAAUAAAUUAAAUUUAGUAUUUCAAAAUAUAUUUUUAGAAAAUGUCUAAGUUAAACAGCUCUUAAAAUGAAUUAUGUAAGUGGUUAUAGAAGGAAAAGAUAUUUCAUUAUGGGAUCCCAGGCAAAUGGCAAUAUUUUUGAGGAUUGCUUCCUCUGUGAAGCAUUGUAGCUGAUUAAACUCAAAACUGCAGAGCAAUAGUUGGAUGCAGAGCUUAGAAUUUAUCAUAUAAGAAAAAAAUUCUUUUUGGAAAAUGCAAGAUAUGGU